AUGUUACCAUGGGAUUUGAUGUGUGAAAGAAAAUGGAUAACUCCUAUUAUAACGUCUAUACAGAUGGCUGGCGUGUUGGUCGGUGCCGUGGUAGCUGGACAAUCAGCUGAUACGUUUGGUCGUAAAAAAACCUUUUACCUUACUCUAUUACUUCAUUCUAUUCUAACUGUUGCUAUAGCAUUUGUUACGUCAUGGAUGUGUGUCUCGGCUUCGUAUUAUGGGUUUUCGUUUGGUGUUGGGAAAUUUUCUGGUAAUUUCUACUUGAACCUAUAUGGUCGACGUUGUGUAGCAACUAUAAUGUUUGCUGGAGGUACACUGUCUUGUGCAGGAGUUGUCAUCGUUCAGAAUACAGUAACCGGAAGUUAUAGAGGAGGAAUUAUAACAGGUCUAUCAUUGGCUGCUAGAAUAUUUACAGGCAAGGCAUGGGGUGGAAUAGACACAAUAACCAACGAAAGUUAUCCUACUGUUGUCAGAAAUCUGGGAUAUGGUGCUUCCAGCAUGGCUGCACGUAUUGGAGGAAUUGUAGCACCUUUUAUUUUUGCUGGGAGUGAUAAUGAUACCAUAUGA